UCUCUCUCUCUCCUGCUGUGUGCCAGUCCCUCUCUCUCCCUCUCUCUCUCUCUCUCUCUCUCUCUCUCUCUCUCUGUGUCUUUCUCUCCCUCCACUUCCUCAAAGUGGCCAGAGCUGCUCUUUUUCCCCUCUGGUCCUCCCGACAUCCCUCAACCACUCUUUCGUCUUCCUCCUCCAGCUGCGAGUGCGACCGGCAUCCUCACCUCCCAGCCAGAAAGGGAUCCCGGCACUCGACUCCAGUCUUCCCGUGAAGACCUUAUCUUCAUUCUUCAGAGCUGUGUUUUUUCCCCCGGGUCGCUCACCCUUCCCCUCUGGAGAGACCAGCCGGCGUGCGUGUCUGGCUUGUGCGUGGCAGCGUGUACGAGGAGCCUGGUGUCGUGCUCUUUGCGCUGAGGGGAGUCCCCGAAGGUUGUGACCGGAGGAGAAAACAAGUUUUCGCCACCAUGAAUGCUCAGCUGCUGCUCCUGCUGGCCCUGGUCGGCCCUUUCUGCGCCUUCACACGUGCAAGCCCGACAGAGAUCCCUGCAGAGUUCGGCACUGGGAUCACUGCGAGCGUUGGCGAUGUUGGCGAUAUUGUCGAUGUCACCGCUGCAGCUACCGAGGCUGCAAAAGAGGAGGUUACUGACGUCGUCACCGGUCCUCCUGCAACGGAACCGGCAGUGGCCUCUGCAGAAGAAGAAGUCACAACGGAAGCUACCACUGAGGGGGCCGCUCCUGCCAUCACGGUGAACACCGAAGAGGCCGUCUUUGAGACACAUCGCCCCUCUGCUGCCGCUACUGAGGCACCGGAGCCCCUCACAACUGAGGCCCCUGCUGUGGAGACCGCAGCCCCCACCGAGCCGGCGGAGGUCGAGACCCAACCGGAGGUGACGGCAGCCGCCAAGAAGGAGACGGAAGAGGAGGUGGUCGUCGAAGACAACCCAGAGGAGGAGCAGGGCUCCGGCCAGGUAGUUGGCAUCGUGAUCGGCGCUCUUUUGGCAGUGGUCAUCGUCAUCGCCGUGGUGAUAGCUGUGGUGAGGAGGAUGGGGAAAUACACCCCUUGAAGAAGAAAACGUCCAAGCAGCAAGAGCACCCAAAGUUCUGGAAAUUCUGAACUACUGAACUGUGACGUCAUUUCGGAUCAUUAAAAAAAAGCACGACACCGGAACUUCACCAAUCUAACCAGGACUCUGGACUGCCAAAAGAAAAGAAAAAAAGAAUAUGGGGGGGAGGGAGGCUUGUGUGUAUUUAUGUGUGUGUUGUAUGAGUGUGAGACAAGAGGGGUACAUGAGCAGACAUCCUCGCCUCCCCCCGCUAUCUCCCUGACCCCCUAAAGCCGCAGAUAUAAAAGACGCUGGCCUCCCCUGCUGCCUCAGAGAGAACAAAACGAGGUGACAGCAGGAAGUCACAAAGAAUUUCAGGGCUUUUCAAAUGCAUUUUGUUAAACAGAAAGAGAGAGAAGUAGGGGAUUAUCCGACAUGUGGGGGGCCAAACCCCUCCUUUAAACUCAUUUAGUGACUGACUUAGAUUUGCAAUUAAGUUUGUGAAAAAGGACAUAAAAAUGGAAAAUGCUGACAUACAGUAACGCUAGGAAAUGACAUGACACAUGGAAGGCGGGGACAGGGAAAAUGCAAGAGAGACUGUUACAAAUUCCACAGGAUGUAUAUACAAUGCAAGGGGGACUACACAGUGUACAGCUAAUGACUUUCUCAUAAUGCAGUUGCGUAGGCUAGCAUUUGAUAUUAUGGAAUACACAGUACAGUAGACCUACACAGUAUAGUAGCUCUGGGCUCCUGGUGUGGGCCUUUAAAACACCCCUGAGCACCAGUUUAAAUUAUUUUUCUCAUCAGGUCCGAUUCCCCGACAUGUUGGCCAACGGUGUGAAGCACCGUGUGCAGAAGUUUCUCCUGACACUCACAAGCUCUGUCAGCCAGCACGGGGCUUAUGGAAAGAAAAAAAACACGAAGGCACCCUCAUUUGCAAGAGUAACGUGACAUUCUGCCCACUUUAACACUGACUUAUAAAAACCUAAUACAUAUCUGUGAAAUUUAGCAGAAGGGUUUGUGCCACUGUCUCUGGUGUUCUCCAGGUAGUUAGGAGGAUCUGACGUUUUGAAGUGCAUUAUUAAUGUGAAUCGACUGUACUUUUUAACUGCCACCCAUUCCAAAACAAGACACAGCUUUUGUCGACUUCUGCCUUGUUCCGUGGAAAGACUAGCACACAGCCAGCAGCUGUUCGACGUGGUGAUAGCAUUGACUUGACAAUGUACUCAUAGUACUUCUGCUAGUAGGUAGAUUACCCGAACGGCCAUCCAGUCCUUAAAUUGGGCUGACCCCAGAUUGCGUGCACAGGAUGACAUUUCAUAGUUGCACUUAGUUUAAGUGCACAGUGUUGUGCAGUAAUGCCCCUUUUUUUUCUUUUGUUAUUUUUGCAAUUGUAGGUGUGCUCAAAUGGGUGUACAAUUUAUGAAGUCUCCGCUUAGCUCCGCCGGCUUUACAGACUUGUUUAAUACGUGCACUGACUGAGUGAUGUAAUGUUUAAUGACUAGGCUUUAGACACUGCAAACGUUUGCAACGACAUGUGUCCGUGUCCUCCCUUCUGCUUUGCCACAUAUUAUCCGUUCUAGGUCUUUAAUUUGUGCCAUCUGAUUUGUUUGAACCUUGUAUUUAAUUGCAGUGUUUUUUGUUCAUACUGUUUCAAUAAAAAACUGAAAACAC